CCACCGCCCCUGCCCCCGGCACUGACACCGGCACUGACACCGCCCCUGCCCCCGGCACUGACACCGGCACUGACACCGCCCCUGCUCCCGGCACCGGCACCGGCACCGGCACCGCCCCUCUGCACCGAGCCCGCCACCUCCACCCGACGGCAGCAUGGCUGAGGAAAAGUCUGACAAACCAUACCUAGAAGAAAGUGCCUUUGAAGCACUGGAAAAAGACUCCCAGGAAUUCAUCAGUAUACUGAACAGAGAUGAAGCUCUGGAAAAAUUCCGUGUCGAAUAUGAGAACCUCCUUGCUAUUAUGAAGAAGUCUCGUGAAAAUGAAAAGCAUCUCAUGGAGAAAUGCAGGAAGCUGAGUGCUGAGCUUGCAGAGAAGUCAUCUAAAGUGGCUGUGCUCACCAAACUCACUCAUGAUGAUGGGGAAACAAUAUCAUCGUUGAAGUCGGAGCUUGAAAAGGCCUGGAAAAUGGUGGAUAGAGGCUAUGAACGGGAACAGAAAACUAAGGAAACGAUUGAUUCACUGAAAAAGGAAAUUUCACAGCUAAAUAAUUUAAUGAAGGAAAGAACUGGACAGGACUACAAUGUUGAGGAUUUGCUAAGAUUUCAAGAAGAGAUAACAGAGGAGCGAGACCAGCUGUUGUCAGAAGUUGUGCAGUUGCGUCAAAGUCUCGCUGAAAUCACAGAGCAGCAGCAGGAAACAGAAAAGGCAAAAAACGAGGCAGAGCAAUCCAUUUUGCAGCUUCAGCAAGACAUCCAGCUGCGUCAGAAUGAGGAAUUACGAGAGACACAAAAGAAGGAAAAAAUGGAGACUGAGCUGAAAAAUCUUCUAGCUGAAAUGGAUAACAAGCAAGCUGAGGUCCAGAAGUUACAGCAGCAAAUAGAGAAUGACAAAGAGGAACAACUGAACAUAGAAAAUAAUCUUAGAGAGCAGAAGAUCUUGAAUGAAAAAUCUGGUAAGGAACUUGAGCAAUUGAAGAUGAAAUACCACAAGCUCAAAGAAGAGAAUGAGCAGCAGAAUGCAAUGAUUGAUGAUGUGAUGAAGGACAUUGGUCAGAAGACAGCACAGCUGAAGGAGAUAGAGGACAAAGCAGCUCAUAUGCGCGUUGAAAUUUCAAAGCUAACCAAAGUAAGAGAUGUUCUCCAGCAUAAGCUGCAUACUGCAGAGGAGCAAAAAGUUGAUGCAGAACAUGAAAAAAACAUGCUAAAAAAUCAAAUAAUCAGACUGGAGAAAGAGUUAGAGACAGCCAAAAAGGAGGCAGAGACUGACAAGAGAACCAUAGAUGGGCUUGUGAGGGAAAGGGACAUGCUAAACCAGAACUUGAUCAAGGCUACAAAUGCAACUCAGAAGCAGAUAGAUUUGGUGAAGUUCCAUGAACAGUCAAAACAGAACUUGGAAUCAGAAAUCCAAAAUUAUAGGAUAGAAGCUCAGAAACAAAGGAAGAUUAUUUACCAAUUGGAGAAGGAGAGAGAGAGUUUCAUCAAGGAAACGAGUGAGCUCAAAGAGAAGGUCCUUCAGCACAUGAAAGAUCUUGAAAUACAUCAAAUACAGAUCUGUGACUAUGAGAAGGAAGUACAAGUGCAAAUGAUUAAGUUAAAACAGCAAAAAAACCUUUGUGAAACUCUAAGAGCAGAGAGGACCCUGUACAGUAAAAAUCUUAUUGAAGCCAAGGAUGAGAUAGCAGAAAUGAAGAUGAAACUGAAAGCUGCCACACGUCAGCUGGAUCAUCUGAAAGAGGAGCUCAAGGAAAAGGAUGUAGCCCUUGAGAAAGCACAUGUGGAAUUCCAGCAGUCAGAGGACGAGAAAGAGUCUUUGAAAGCUGAACUGCUUAAAAUGACAAAACAGGCUCAGGAAACCAAAGCCUAUAUUGCAAAUCAGGAGGCAGAAGAGAAAAAUCUCCUAAAAAUCAUUGCUGAAGCUGAUGCAGAGAGACUGAAGCAGAAGAAGGAAUUUGACAAGGUGCUCUCUGAGAGGCAUGCCCUGGGGACCCAGCUCAUCCAUCGCAACGAGGAGGUGGCGCUGCUCUACGAGAAGAUAAAGAUCCAGCAGGCCAUCCUGAACAGGGGCGAGUCCGAGUACCGGCACAGGCUGGAGGACAUGCGCAUUCUCAAGCUGGAGAUCAGAAAGCUCCGGCGUGAGAAGGGGAUACUUGGCAAGAGCGUGGCCAACGUGGAGGAGCUCAGAUGGGAGUUUAAUCGCAUGCAGAAGGAACUGUUAAAGGAACAGACUCGGUGCAAAAUUUUGGAAGAAGAACUGCAGAAACCCUUGCAAGUUCACAGAUGGAGAAAGUUAGAGGCCAGUGACCCCACUACCUUUGAGCUGAUUCUGAAAGUACAGAGACUACAGAAGAGGCUUAUCAGCAAGACAGAUGAAGUGAUAGAGAAAGAAUUUCUCCUUCAGGAGAAGGAGAAGCUGUACAUGGAGCUGAGGCACGUGCUGGCCCGGCAGCCUGGGCCCGAAGCCCUGGAGCAGCUGCAGCAGUUCCGGAACGUUCUGCGGGAGAAGACCAAGCAAAUCAAAGCUUUGUCCUCAGAACUGACCAUGUGUGAAACACAGAGCAAAGAAUACAAACAGGAAAUUGAGAGACUUAACAAUGAGCUUCUGGAAGUGAAAAAGAAAUAUCUGUCUGAGAAACGCAAGGAGCAACAGAAGAAGAUUUCUGGGCUGUGAGUGCACGUGGCUGGCUCAUGUCCAGCCUCUCUCCCACCAGCACCCCCGAGUCCUUCUGGGCAGGGCUGCUCUCCAUCUGUCCAUCCCCCAGCCUGGAUUGCCCAGGGGUUGCCCUGACUCAGGUGCAGCACCCAGCACUUGCUCUUGUGGAACCUCAAGAGAUUCCCAUGGGCUCACUUCUUGAGCUUAUCCAGGUCCCUCUGGAUGGCAUCCCAUCCCUCAGGUGAGUCAACUGCCCCAUUCAGCUUGUUGUCAUCUGGAAACUUGCUGAGGGUGCUGAGGGUGGACUUGACUUUUAAUGAGAGAUUUCUUAGAUUUCUGCAGUCAGAUGAUGUGAUCUGUUACCAGGUUUUUCUGUAUGCACAGAGUUUUCCACUCAUUUCCAUCCUCAGCCUGUGCCUUCCUCACACACUAAAGCACAUGGUUCUCUACAGUUGCUGAAUAUAAUUCAAAGUUGCCUUUAUCACUUCUCCCUUGAUCCUGUUUCAGACAGCAAACGUUUUGAUGACCAAAUUAGCAAAAUAAUCAGUGAUAAACAGUGACUUCUGUCCAUCUGCAAAUUGCAUAAUGUUACCUUAAUAUUUGGAAUUAGCAACAAUUGCGCAGUGCAAAUGACCUUUCUGGAGCUUUAGGAUCAAUAUGUGAGGCUACCAUAAUGCCUGAUAAUCCAUUUCCAGCAGCUAAAUGUCUCCUUCACAGUAGAUUUGAUGUUUCCAUUUUGGCAUCAUGCCUCUUUUCUGUUCAUAAAGUGAGGAGAAAUUCACCCACAUUUUGUUGUUGUAUCUCACCUAGAAUUAAUUCCUGUCAUAAAAACUCCACUUGUUAAGGACAUAAUUGCUUUAAAAUUAACCAAAAAAUACUGUGUGAGUUGAUGGUGGCUGAACUGGGGCAUGUUAUACAGUGAAAGGAAUUUCAUACUGAAAGUCAUUUUGUGCUGGAAACACUGUUUAUAGCUUCAGGAUAGAUACCUGCCACUGGGGCAGCUUGUCAGGUUGUUCUUUUGGGCAAGCAGAUCUGUAGUCUGAUGGGCACUGGUGUCUUUGUGACACCUGUGUUUUGAAGCACAUUUAGGUGCUGUGAAUGGUGCUUCUGCAGGCUGGCAUCAUCUUGUGGCCCCCACCACAGCAUCAGAAGGCACCAGCACUGUGCUGCCAGCCCUGGCUUGCACCUCUCUUGUCUUGUGGCAGCUGAGGGGCAGUGCUUUGCUCUCCUCUGCCCCUCAUUGUUUGGUACCCCAGUCAAGCCUGCUGGACUGCAUCCUGCUUUGAAGAACACAGGGCAUAACUGGGCAUACUGGUCCUGGAUAACUGCAAUUCCUGCUGUCUCUGGGCUGUGCUUUGUGUUGGCAAGGGGAACAGCCUUGUGCAGCCCUCCUUCUCCAAGCUGCCAGUUGUGCAAGACACGUGGCUGGCUUUCUGCAGUAGAGAGAACCUGCUGUGCAGUCAGGUUCUUUCCCAGGGAGCCCUCUUCCCUGCCGUGCAGCCCUUCCACACCCCUGUGGCCUCAGGCAGGGCUGCACAGGCAGUGCCUGCUGUGUGGCUGCUGGCCAAAGAGCCAGGGCCAUUUGAUUCAUACCAUCUCAGGUUUCUCUAAAUCCCAGCUGACAGAAAACCACUGCCUUGAUUCUCUGUCUUGCUGGCUAAUGUUAACAUCAUGUCUGAAAUAAAUGUAGCUGGUUUUGCUAAUAAAAAGAGGGUCCUGUCAGGACAAUAGCAUUAAAAACAUUAUUGACUACCCUGGUUCGAAAGAGAAUUAAUACUCUCAGAUAACCUUUCACAAAGUUAUCAUUUAAAGCUUUUAUUGAUUUGUACAAGAUAGCUUUGAGUUGUGAUUUACCAUCUUGGUACUGAAUAAAUGCAGCUUUGCAUGUGAUGCUGAAGGAAUAGUGACAGCGGGAAUUUAGCUUUGUUUUGUGUUAAAAAUGAAAAUUCAGUGUUUAAGAUUUUGGUUGUGAAUUUGAAAUCCUCUUUUUCAGCUCUCUGAUUCUGAAUGUUGCUUUUCCCAGUUGUCUUAGCCAUUCUUUUUCUAUCUCUUCCUAUUUUUAACUUCAGCUUCUUGAACCCCUUCUGCAUCACAAUUUUCCUAGUUGCUUCUAGCACCAGGAUCCCAUUUUGAUCUUGAUAGGGAUUUGUGAGAAAAUAUGAAGCUUAAAUCCACACCACAGACCUAAUCCAGCAGUCCUAUAUAUGUAAAUAAUUGCACUGAGCGAUGCCAGUAGUGACUGGGAACUUUUGCACGUGGCUGGUUGCACAUUAAUUCUGCAUAAUAUAUUAUAGUAUUCAGUUGCAUAGAAUUUUCCAUUCUGAUGAGCACAUCUGUUUGUUGUCUCCAUGGGAGCAUGAGGGAAAAAUGAGCUCGGAAUGGGGAUCAUUUUCUCUCCCCAGGCUUGGAAGCCCAGUAGUGAGAUGGGAUAAGCCAUCUAAAUACAGAAUGUCUGUUUUUAGUGCUGUCAGCUGGCAUAUCCAUUAGGGCUGCAUUGAUACAAUUAAAAACCAGUUAUAAAUGGUUUUCAUUGUUAAGACCCUAUCUCCGUAUGGGUCAAAUUUGGAAAACGAUGCCUAAUUAGACAUUUGACACAGUUUCUCUGAACAUCUCCCAAUCCUGAGGCAAAUAGAAAAGCAAUAAUUGCAGAAGUGUUUUCUUUUCCCUUAGUGGGGACUGAGCAAAGAUACUCAUGUGAUAAGGCUAGAUUUUGUAAAAGUGUGGUUGCACUCACAUUUGUGUCCCAAUCUCAGUGACUGUGAAAUAAAAUAUUGGUACUGACCUUCUUUGUAAAGCCUUGAGACUUUUGCUGUUAUGAUAAACUAGAACUUCAUAAAGCUCCACUUGGUUAAUCUUAAAUAUCUCAGGACCUCUCUCUGAAGAAUCCAGGUAUAUUGCAAUGAGUUUGGAAUAUUUCCCUUCAUCUUUGUAGUGCUCUGCUUACCUCCCCAACUUUGUAAGAGUGGAACCAGCUAACCCUCCUUCCCUCCUCUUAAAGUCAUCAAAUUCAAGACCUCCUGGAUUCUCAGAUGGAGCAGCUCCCUGGGGCUGUCAGUGCAUGUACAGCACACUGCUAGUUUUCUGCAAAUGUCACAGACAGGGCAAUUAUCACUGGACCUUUGUUAAAAUGUGAAGACAGAUAGCACUAUAUAUUCAUUAAAAUUCAACAAAGGGAAAAAACCUCACCAUUGGGCCUUUGAUGAAUGUGGCUGUUUGUUUGAAAACAGGCAUAUUCCAGCUAGAACAGGUUGGUGAUUAGAAAUCUGAAGUCAUGGAGCUCAUGUACAUCCUUGCUCUAAUGAGGUGCUCUGACCGUUUUGGGAAGUAGCACAAAGAAAGCUCAUUUAUUUCUAAUUUUUAAUAAUUCCAAACCUCAUCAGUAGUUUCGUAAUUAGAUCCAAACAGACACCUAGUCCUGGAGGUUUACACUAACAGGCUUUAAUCAACACUUUUUAAACCAUCUCUUGAUAUGUGGUUGCAUCAAAGAAACUCUGGAGGACACAGAUUUCCUUAGUUUGUAAACAUUUCUGGGCUGCAGAAUGAAAUAUGAAUUUUCUCUUU